AUGAACGUCGAGCAUCACACCAAAUCUAUUUAUCGACACUACGAUUUUAUUAACAGUGUCGAAACGUUUUCGUACAUUGGUACUCAGUACAGGGGUUUACAAAAGCAAAGUCCUGACAGUUUUAUACGGGACACAGAUUCUAUCCAGGGUGCUUUAGAAACUGCUCUGCGAACCGUCACACCAAAAAGCCUAAUUGUUCCAUCAUUAUGUCUCUCUAGCAGAACAGAUGCUGGAGUUCAUGCUUUAGGCAAUACUGCUCAUGUAGAGCUCGAAAACAAAUAUAAUACAGUAUAUAAUUCUUCAGAUGUAAAGAAAUAUGUAAAUCGUUAUUUUUCCAAAUGUGGUCAUACCAUUAGGUUACUGGAAUGUAUACCUGUCACACAAGAUUUUCAUGUAAGAAUUGCAUGUAAAUCUCGAACAUAUUUGUACAGAUUUAUGAUACCUAAAAUAUGUGGAGAACAAAGGAUAUCUUUACCAGAAACAAUACAUACUUAUCAUUUUAGAUCAUACAACUUUGACAUAGAUAGAGCAAGACGUGGUAUACAAUUGUUUAUGGGAACAAAAGAUUUUACUACGUUUAGCGCGAAAGCAACAACAAAUCGCAAAAUCCAAUAUGUACGUGCUUUACAAGCUUUUACUUUGGAAGAGGCGCAACCUUUAAUGCCUUUUGAUCCACUGUCUAAAAAUUUUAUAUACUUUCAUUUCAUAUGCAAGGCAAGAUCUUUCUUGUAUAAUCAGAUCAGACGAAUGAUUGGUGCCCUAAUUGCAUUAGGAAUGGGAAAAAUAACAGAGAAAGAUAUCACUGUAAUGUUACAAGUUCCUUCCCAUCAUAACUGGAAUCCCCGUAUUACACCUGUACCACCGAAUGGCUUACAUCUAUUGAAUGUAGAAUAUGAUCUAGAUGAAUUAAGACGUUGUACCAUAUUAUCAGAGGAAGAGCAAGAGGAGACAUCGCAAUUGGAGGAACUACAGUGGGAAGAAACAAGGACUGCAGUUGAAAGAAUAGAAAACAAAAAAUAUAUGUUACAAGAUUAUUAAUUGUACAAGAAAAUGAUUUCUAUUUAUUGAGAACAAUGCAAAUGUGAAGAAAUGGCAUAAAACACAUUUUCCUGUUUCUAUACAGCAUCAAAAAUUUCAUUUACUGAAGAUUAUACUGGUUUCAAUCUCCGAUUACAAAUCUUGUUAUUUGGACAUCAUUAUUAAUAAGUAUGCAUUCAAUGCAUCGACAGAUCUCUCAUUUGUAUUAAAAUCAUGGAGACGUAAGUCGAGUUGAUAAUAAUUAAUGUAAUUAAAAAUUGCGUAACCCCUCUAAGGAACAAACUUUUCCCUAGAAAGCCCCUACGUUUCCUCUUUUUUUUUUGAUUCAUGAAAAUUUUAUAAUAUAAAUUUCAACAAUCGUGAUGUAGUUUAGAAACCACUUCACUUAAGUGGCACAAAAUAACGAGAAAAUGUGAUAUAUGUACAAAAAAGAUAUAAAUAAAUUAACAAAUUAUUAUGCUAAGAUCAACGUAUGACUGUUAGUGUCUAUACGCAGUACAAAGAUUAUCUGUGAAAAUAAUAUAAUACACGAAUAAAUCGGCCAGUUUCUGCGGGAAGAAACUAACAUACACAAAAAUUUAAUCGUAGAAUACAAAUCGUAUUCACGGACAAUUUGCAUUUCUUAAGUAGAAAAUACUAUAGAAUAAUUCUACUUCGGAAUUUUUGA